AUGCCUGUGUCCUUCUCUGACCCCUACUACACAGAAUACACUUGUAAGAACAGUUGUACUAACUUCUGUAUAUCUGUCGGAUGUUACAACUGCUGCCAAAAGUACUACUCACAUAUUGUUAUGGUCUUUGCUGUGGCAAUGUCUGUUUUUGGUUUUGCUGACCUUAUUGUUGGAGGACAGCUAGCCACUAGUUGCCCCUACAAUGGCGCAAUAUAUUCCACCUUGAUGUUGGCUCAAGGCGUCAUUUCUAUGAUUGAGGGCGUCAUGAUAUUCUAUACCAUUGGGCGUGCACACGAAUACCCUCUCUUCCGAUCGGGACUUCCCACUUUUCAGUAUGCCUUCGUGACGUACUCUCUUACAGCAAUCCUCUACAUCUUUUCAUUGACUCUAAGUGGCCUCCAACUGAAAGUAACUGAGGGAACAGUAGAAUCCAGCUGUGCUGACUAUCAUGGCUAUAUAACCUGGAGGCUCGUCUUCAACAUUCUAGUUCCGGUGUCGCCAAUUGCGCUUGUAUUGACUAUUCUUGCUAUACUAUUCGUGUUGAUUUGUCUGGCAGGAGGUAGCAAAACAGAAGAUAACUGAUGUACAAGGAUGUCAGUGAUAUGAGUUCCACAGAAAUCUACAAAUUAUAUA